CACAGCCGUGACUAGACAUUCGGUCAUAGAAGAGGGGGCGCUCGCGCCGCGGCAGUGAGACAAAUCAACGCUCGAAGGCACGUUACGAAGAGGGUGAGCGGCUGACUGCGUCAACCGCUGCGUCGUCUUUUUCAUCCCCCACAAAUAGCAACUCGGGAGCGCAGACAUUCACCCGGCGCCGCCUGUCCUGUUCAUGCGGGUCCCUGCUGCUCACCGAGGAGCAGGAGAUCAGGGCCAUGGCAACACCAGAUCCCCCCAUGGGGGGCACCUCUCGCCCUGGUCCUUCCCCUGGUCGGGGUCCCUCACCUGGGGCAAUGCUGGGCCCCAGCUCCGGGCCCUCCCCGGGCUCCUCUCACAGUAUGAUGGGCCCUGGCCCUCCCUCCUCUGGACACUCCCAGCCAGGGCCCACUGGAUACAGCCAGGACAGCAUGCACCCUCUGCACAAAUCCAUGGAGAGCCUGCAUGAGAAGAGCAUGGGGGAGGAGGGCCGCUUCAGUCAGAUGAAGGCACUGUCUAUGAGACAGGGCGGGCACAGUGGCAUGGGCCCCCCACCCAGCCCUCUAGAUCAACACUCGCAAGGUUACCACUCUCCAUUGGGUGGCUCUGACCACUCCAGCCCUGUCCCUUCAAAUGGCCCCCCGUCUGGACCUCUUAUGCCAUCCUCCUCCUCCUCUUCCUCCUCUGGUGGUCCCGGCUCGGCCUCUGCACCUUUAGACGGUCCCGCUGGCGAUCAACACACCCUGGGUCCCAACAACCGGCCCGGCCCCCCGGGCAGCUGCGGCCCAGGCCUGGGACCAGCCGUUUCUGGCCUUGAACCUGGUGGCAAUCCGUGCCCUGGAGGUCUUGCGGGCCCUACUCCAUUCAACCAGAACCAGCUUCACCAACUCAGGGCCCAGAUCAUGGCUUAUAAGAUGCUGGCCCGGGGACAGCCCCUGCCAGACCACCUCCAGAUGGCUGUCCAAGGGAAGAGGCCGAUGCCCGGGAUGCAGCAGCAGCCCAUGCCCAGCCUGGCUCCUGGAGGCGGGCCGAUGGGUUUGCCAGCAGGACCAGGACCAGUGCCGAUGGGCUCAGGCUACAGUCGCGUUCAUGGAAUGAUGGGUCCCAACAUGCCUCCUCCAUGCCCAUCAGGUGCAGCUGGGAUGCAGGGACAAAACCCUAACGGACCCCCGAAGUCCUGGCCUGAAGGUCCCAUGGUGAACGCAGCAGCCCCCUCCAACGCACCCCAAAAGCUUAUCCCCCCUCAGCCGGCUGGUCGGCCCUCUCCGGCCCCGCCCUCAGUUCCCCCCGCUGCCUCCCCAGUGAUACCCCCACAGACUCAGUCCCCCGGCCAGCCAGCACAGCCUACUCCCAUGAUGCCUUACCACGCCAAGCAGAACCGCAUUACCCCCAUUCAGAAACCCUGCGGCCUGGACCCAGUGGAGAUACUGCAGGAGAGGGAGUUCAGGUUACAGGCUCGUAUCAGUCAUCGUAUUGCGGAGCUGGAGAACCUGCCGGGCUCUCUGGCUGGCGAUCUACGUACCAAAGCCACUAUAGAGCUCAAAGCCCUCCGGCUGCUGAACUUCCAGAGACAGCUGCGUCAGGAGGUGGUGGUGUGUAUGCGGCGUGACACCGCUCUGGAGACCGCCCUCGAUGCCAAGGCCUACAAGCGAAGCAAGCGGCAGUCCCUGCGAGAGGCGCGCAUCACAGAGAAACUGGAGAAACAGCAGAAGAUCGAGCAAGAGCGCAAGCGCCGGCAGAAACAUCAGGAGUACCUCAACAGCAUCCUGCAGCACGCCAAAGACUUCAAAGAGUACCACCGCUCCAUCACAGGCCGAAUGCAGAAACUGACCAAAGCGGUGGCGACCUACCACGCCAACACCGAGCGAGAGCAGAAGAAAGAAAACGAGCGCAUCGAGAAAGAGCGGAUGAGGAGGCUCAUGGCUGAGGAUGAGGAGGGUUAUCGUAAACUGAUUGACCAGAAGAAGGACAAGCGCCUGGCCUACCUGCUGCAGCAAACCGACGAGUACGUCGCCAACCUCACCGAGCUGGUGCGAGCUCACAAAGCGGUGCAGGCCCUCAAGGAGAAAAAGAAGAAGAAGAAGAAAAAGAGGAAGUUGGAGAUCGCUGAGGCUCAGACUGCUGCCCUGGGUCCUGAUGGAGAGCCUCUGGAUGAGACGAGUCAGAUGAGUGACCUCCCUGUGAAGGUCAUCCACGUGGACAGUGGGAACAUCCUGACAGGAGUGGACGCUCCCAAAGCCGGACAGCUGGACACCUGGCUGGAGAUGAACCCCGGUUAUGAGGUGGCUCCUCGCUCAGACAGUGAAGACAGCGAGGAGGAGGAGGAAGACGAGGAGGAGGAAGAGGAGGAGCCCCAGCCAACAGCUACUCAGGUGGAGGAAAAGAAGAAGAUUGCAGACCCUGACAGCGAAGAUGUGUCCGAGGUGGACGUCCGGCACAUCCUCGAGAACGCUAAGCAGGACGUGGAUGACGAAUACAGCGGCGCGGCGUUCGCCCGGGGCCUCCAGUCGUAUUAUUCUGUGGCUCACGCCGUGACGGAGAAGGUGGAGAAACAGUCCAGUUUGUUAAUAAAUGGACAACUCAAACAGUACCAGAUUAAAGGUCUGGAGUGGCUGGUUUCCCUCUACAACAACAACCUGAAUGGGAUCCUGGCGGACGAGAUGGGUUUGGGAAAAACCAUCCAGACCAUCGCCCUGAUCACGUACCUCAUGGAGCACAAGCGACUCAAUGGGCCGUCCCUCAUCAUUGUGCCCCUCUCAACCCUCUCUAACUGGGUGUAUGAGUUUGACAAGUGGGCACCGACGGUGGUGAAAGUGUCCUACAAGGGGUCUCCUGCUGCCAGACGAGCCUUCGUCCCCCAGCUUCGCAGUGGCAAGUUCAACGUUUUACUCACCACCUACGAGUACAUCAUCAAGGACAAACAAGUACUGGCCAAGAUCCGUUGGAAGUACAUGAUCGUGGACGAGGGCCACCGCAUGAAGAACCACCACUGCAAGCUGACCCAGGUCCUGAACACCCACUACCUGGCCCCGCGGCGGGUGCUGCUGACAGGCACGCCGCUGCAGAACAAACUCCCCGAGCUCUGGGCGUUGCUGAACUUCCUCCUGCCGACCAUCUUCAAGAGCUGCAGCACCUUCGAGCAGUGGUUCAACGCCCCGUUCGCCAUGACGGGAGAAAAGGUGGACCUCAAUGAAGAGGAGACCAUCUUGAUUAUUCGUCGUCUCCACAAAGUACUUCGGCCCUUCCUGCUGCGCAGACUAAAGAAGGAGGUGGAGGCUCAGCUUCCAGAGAAGGUGGAGUACGUGAUCAAGUGCGACAUGUCGUCUCUUCAGAGGGUGCUGUACAGACACAUGCAGGCCAAAGGGGUCCUGCUCACUGAUGGAUCAGAGAAGGACAAGAAGGGUAAAGGAGGCACAAAGACCCUGAUGAACACCAUCAUGCAGCUGAGGAAGAUCUGUAACCACCCGUACAUGUUCCAGCAAAUAGAGGAGUCUUUCUCUGAACAUUUAGGAUUCUCUGGUGGGAUAGUUCAGGGCCUCGACCUGUACCGGGCAUCAGGGAAGUUUGAGGUGUUGGAUCGAAUCCUGCCGAAGCUGCGAGCCACGAACCACAAAGUGCUGCUCUUCUGUCAGAUGACCACGCUCAUGACCAUCAUGGAGGACUACUUUGCCUAUCGCAGCUUCAAGUAUCUGCGUCUGGAUGGCACUACGAAAGCUGAGGAUAGAGGAAUGUUGCUGAAGACAUUCAAUGAACCGGGGUCAGAGUACUUCAUCUUCCUCCUGAGCACAAGAGCUGGAGGCCUCGGCCUCAACUUGCAGUCGGCUGACACCGUGGUUAUUUUUGACUCUGACUGGAACCCACAUCAGGACCUGCAGGCUCAGGACAGAGCCCACCGCAUCGGGCAGCAGAAUGAGGUCCGCGUGCUGCGUCUCUGCACCGUCAACAGCGUUGAAGAGAAAAUCCUGGCCGCUGCCAAAUACAAACUGAACGUGGACCAAAAGGUCAUUCAGGCCGGCAUGUUUGACCAGAAGUCCUCCAGCCACGAGCGCAGGGCCUUCCUUCAGGCCAUCCUGGAGCACGAGGAGCAGGACGAGGGCUGGGGUCAGGAAGUGUGUCUACGCAUCAAUGAGGAGGACGAGGUGCCAGACGACGAGACGGUCAACCAGAUGAUUGCCAGGAGCGAAGAGGAGUUUGAACAGUUCAUGCGUAUGGACCUGGACCGCCGUCGCGAGGAGGCCCGUAACCCUCGGCGAAAACCUCGCCUGAUGGAGGAGGACGAGCUGCCCACCUGGAUCAUGAAGGACGACGCCGAGGUUGAGCGGCUGACCUGCGAGGAGGAGGAGGAGAAAAUGUUUGGACGUGGAUCCCGGCAGCGGAAGGAGGUGGACUACAGCGACUCUCUGACAGAGAAGCAGUGGCUCAAGGCGAUAGAGGAGGGGACGCUGGACGAGAUCGAGGACGAGGUGCGUCACAAGAAGACGACCCGGAAGAGAAAGCGGGACCGCGACCCGGAUGUCCCCGGCCCCUCCUCUUCCUCGGGGGGACGAGGCCGAGGGGACGAGGAUGGAAAGAGGCAGAGGAAGAGGGGGCGACCGCCUGCUGAGAAAGUCUCCCCCAACCCCCUCACAGUCACAAAGAAGAUGAGGAAGAUCGUGGACGCCGUCAUCAAGUAUAAAGACAGCACCAGUGGGCGUCAGCUGAGCGAGGUUUUCAUCCAGCUGCCGUCUCGAAAGGAGCUGCCGGAGUACUACGAACUGAUCCGCAAGCCUGUGGACUUCAGGAAGAUCAAGGAGAGGAUUCGGGGUCAUCGUUACCGCACUCUGGGCGAUCUGGAGAGAGACGUCAUGCUGCUCUUCCAAAACGCUCAGACCUUCAACCUGGAGGGAUCGCUGAUAUAUGAAGACUCCAUAGUCCUCCAAUCCGUGUUUACCAGUCUGAGGCAGAAGGUGGAGAAGGAGGACGAAAGUGAGGGCGAGGAGAGCGAGGAAGAGGAAGAGGAGCUGGAGGAAGGAUCGGAGUCUGAAUCUCGCUCGGUGAAAAUGAAGAUCCGUCUGGCAAAGAAGGACAAAGGUGGCGACCGAGGGAAGGGACGCAGCAGGCGACCAGGACGCAGCAGAGCCAAACCGGUAGUCAGUGAUGACGACUCUGAGGAUGAGCAGGAAGAGCAGACGCUCUUCUCUUCUCUCCUCCAGGGGCGCUCCCUCGACGCCACUGACGAGGAGUCCUCAACUGCACCGUGAUGUGGGGGGAGAGGGGGGGGGCGUGAAGCGAUACUCCACCUACUGCAUUUACAGUAAAUAAAACCAUCAACCUUCAGCUGAAUGUCAUAGGGCUCAAAUGGAAGAGUAGUGAGUAGAACUGGAAAUCCAGGAACAGACGUGCAUCGACAUCAAAUAAACAAACAAACGGACGAUGUCCUGGAAGGAACAAAUUCAUUGGACUGUGCACAUGUUUCUGUGUGGGAGCCUCCGUCUGAAAGGCCUCAACACGGACGGAUCACAGCAGCAUUUCAUCUGUGUGUGCCGUUUCAGGAGCGUCUUUGAUAAAUGGUUGUAACGUAGUUGUACGCGGUAUAUAUAUUUUAUUUUUACAGUAAAUACAUUCUCCUAUGAAGACUUAUUUUAUUUUCUUACUUUCUUUUGUUUUACCGUGUUGUGGCUGAAAGUAGCAGCAUUUAAAUCUGUUGAGAAUUACUUAACUAAAUGCUCAUGAUCUGCUACAUCACAGCAUGUUAGAAACCACUUGAAUGUAUGUAUAGUGUUAAUAAAUGCUCAUAGUGUUGUCAUCACAACCCACCUGAGCAUUCGGUAAGACGACGGUUCAGUCGGUUAAACUCUGAUACAACAGCACAUUUCAUUUCCUGUAUACGCCUGCAUUCAUCCGGAUUUUCUGGACUUAUUUUGGAACUAAUCGUGAUUCAAUGCCUUAGCGACCCUGAGGAGUUACAACUGGCGGGAUCCAUUAAAGUAAAGCCAACAACACUAAAUGUAAACUCUGUGUUUUCACCUUCCCUUCCCUGGACUCACAAACGUGAUGUUUUCACCUCCGACUUGUGUUGUAACAACAGCCGGCCACUGUGGAGCCACUGUGGAGCCACUGUGAUGACCGCGGUGUGUGCAAAUGGCCAAUCUGGGACUGCUGGGAGUUCUGUGCCCAGCCCGCUGGCAGCAGGGUGUUUCCAGACUCGUCUUUGGCAACUCACCACAGUUUCAAUGGAGUCCAGGUUACUCAAAAACAACCUUGCUGCUGCGUGUGCUUUCGAUAUGAGCACUUGUAACCGUUGGUUGUACAGUUAAAGACUCAUCAGGUCGUAUUCCAUCACUCAGUACUGUAACAUCAGUUGCUUCUACUAUAGUUGUUGUGUGGUGAUUUUAAGAUUUCUGAACUGUUCAAUGUACUUUUGCACUUUUUUCUGUGUUUCAAGACAAAGGACCAGAGGGACAGCGGCUCUUCUCUGCUUGUGAACGCCUCACGGCUGUACGGUGUUGGAUAAACUGAAUAGAGUGUUUUUUGCCAAUGCACGCGUGUACAGCUCGCCAAGUUCAGUACUGUACUUCUUUUUUUCUCACAGUAGAGUUAACGACAUACAACGAACGCAUCAACUUUUUUCCUCUAAAAUAUCGGGGUCGGUCUGUGUUGUGCUGUGA